UUGAUGGAAAUGCUUAUAAAGCUUUUUAUGUCACAAAUUAUCCCCCAGAAGAGCAACUAGCAAUGGACUUUGUGAGUCAUUAAAAGGAUGUCAAUCAUUAAUUUAGACUACCGCUGUAACCUGAUGUUGUGGGAGAAGGAUAACUUGACAGGGUCUAGAAGAAAAGCGACAUCUAAGGCUUAUAAAUGAAUGUUAUGAUAUAGGCUAUGGUCGCUACUGUGAUUCUUCUAUAGUACGGUUUAUUCGUGAUCGGAUAUACAGUCGUCGCGUUUCUGUGGUCUAUAAAGUUUCCGCGACUUGGUUAGUGAAAGGGCCCAAGUCAGCCCAAGCCUCCUUUGCUGGGGUCCCUGGAGCAAAAGGGGCGUGUUUGAGAAGCUGUAGCAUCAACUUUCAUCGCUGGCUGGAUAUCACCUGCCAUGGAGAGGAAUGAGUUGUCUCCAGAUAUGAAUCAGAGCCGUACUGGACCCAUGGAUCUUACCGGCCGCCCCCCACAGGUGAUUAAGGACCUGGGGGAGAAUCCCCAGAAAUCCCCUGUAUCUCCAGCGUCUCCCCAACAAAAUGGCUUCUCUCCAGAUGACACUCCCACGACAUCGAUGUUGUUCCUCUCCCUGGGGAGUCCCCAGCUGCUGGCAGAGCUGCAGCAGAGGGUCACCCGCCACGUCCCAGUAGAAGAGUCAGCCCCGCGCCCCAGCACGCCAACCUCCCCCAUUUCCAUGGUGACGGUUUCCCUUGGAAACGGGGCCUCGCCCCCCCAACCCCUGUCCCCUGUGUCAGGAGGAUCACUCUCUCUCAGCAGUCCGGAGCUCCUUCGAGAGCUGAAGCAGUCUCAGCCCCUCAGACACGUAAAACCCCAGAGAGGCUUGACCACGGUGUUCUCUGGCAGAGGAAGAAUGACUCAAAGCCAGGUCCACGCUUCAAGCCCUGUUGCCAAUCCCACCCUCACUCCUCCACCAAUGGCAGGGCAGAAGGGGGAGGCGGCCAAGUAUUAGCCAAUGGGAUGCCAGAAUAAGCUAACUUGUUAAUAUUUCCAUUUUAAGCCAGUGAUUCCUGCUGCGGUUGCGAGUUUAUCAGUGUUCUUGUAAUAGAAUUUCUUUAUUUUGUUGCCACAGUUAUGCUUUCGGUCCGGAAGGUGUAAAUUUACAAAUGGAUGUUUCACAUCUAUUUUCGUUGCCUUGGGCCUGGUUGAAUUUGAGGAGUUGCAUGUUGGUAACUAAAAUACAGUCCUGUCAUCAAUAAAAAUGUCAUCAAAAGAUUUAUAA